GAGGCCCAACUGCCCAAGCUUCCCGCAGCUUCUGCUCCCUCUCCCCUUCUCGGUCUCUUACAGAAUCGAAAAUUGAAAUACGAAUAACUACAGGAGAAUUAUUAAAGAGGGAAAAGUGGAGACAAUGUCGAACCACGAAGACAAUCUCAAUGAGCGAGAUUCAUCUGCGACGAUGAAUCAGAGGUUAACCGACCGUACUAAGAAAGUUGCCCAGACAAGGGAGAUAUUAUCUAAACAAGCUGUUCAGACCAAGGAGAUCUUGUCGAAACAAGCGGUUAAAAUAGCUAAGCAAGCGGAAGAACACGAAAGAUUUAUAAACAAAGUGACCCACCUUAUGGGGGUUAUGGGCUUCGGUGCCUUCUGCUUCUUGCUGGGAUCGAGACCGCAAGAUAUCCCAUACGUAUACUGUUUGUUCUAUGUCAUCUUCGUUCCUCUACGUUGGAUAUACUAUCGGUUCAAGAAAUGGCAUUAUUAUCUUCUGGAUUUUUGCUACUAUGCCAAUACAAUUUUCCUAGUCAUGCUUCUGAUUUAUCCAAGAAAUGAAAAGCUUUUCAUGGUUUGCUUCUCGUUUGCAGAGGGACCAUUAGCAUGGGCAUUAAUUGUUUGGCGGUGCAGCCUGGUUUUCAGCUCCCUUGACAAAAUAGUUAGUGUCCUCAUACAUCUUUUACCUGGGAUUGUCUUCUUUGUUAUUCGGUGGUGGGAUCCAGCAACAUUUGAAGCCAUGCGUCCAGAUGGGAAUGCAGGUCACAGAGCUUCAUGGCCUUAUGUGGAAAGCAAAUCCUAUUUGUGGACAUGGCUGUUUGUUGUCCCCCUAGUUGCUUACACUUUAUGGCAGGUUCUCUAUUUUCUCAUUGUUAAUGUCCUGCGCCGGCAGAGGCUAUUAAGGGAUCCUGAAGUUAUGACUUCCUACAGGGAACUCUCGAAGAAGGCACAAAAGGCGAAUAACAUAUGGUGGCGUUUAAGUGGGUUACUUGGGGAUCAAAAUCGGAUGUUCAUGUAUAUCCUGCUCCAGGCUUUAUUCACUGUUGCAACCAUGGCACUCACUGUCCCCAUAUUCUUAUCUUACAAACUUCAUGUGAGUUUCCAAAUACUCAAAGUCUCUGCAACCAUAUGGAAUGGAGGAAGCUUCCUACUUGAAGUUAUGCCAAGACAGGUGAUUCUCAAGGAGAAGAAGAAACUGGAGAUGCAGCCUAUCCCAACCCAGCCAGACCAGACUGCCACCAUGGUAGUAAAUUCGACAGGAACUAGUCACUCUGCUGAGACUGAUCAUUCAUAACAGCUGUGUACAACUAAAGCCUUGUAAAAUUCUGUUUCACCAUCAACUUGAUCUGUUUUUGUUUUUUUUUUUGUGGUGGGGAGGGGGUAGGGGUAAAAAAUAGAACUUUUGUUUGAGUUGCAUUUGCUUGUAGCAAUCAAUGCUGAUUAUGUUCUGUUG